AGCGAGAGUGAGAGAGACCCGAACGUGCGCACGUUUUUUUGGUUUUGGAGCCUCGUGGGGCAUUCGUUUUGUGUACAUCUCCGUACAGGACAGGACAUACCACACGACACUCCACUCGGACGCAGCACGCGCAAGCAGCACGUAGCACGCAGCAGGCAGCAGGCAGAGCCCCAAGCAGGCUAAUCCUUUAAAGCAUCAUCAACAGCCACACAAAACGCAGCACCAAACAUGUUUUCGGGUCUUACAAAUCAAUUUACUUCGCUGGUUGGCGCCGUCAAGGGUGGCGCUGGCGAUGAGGAGGUCCCAGUACCCACAGGAGAUGCGGCACCCGCUGCCGUCGCACCCACCACCUCCGCCGAGGCGGUGGCCAGUGCUUCAGUAGAUCAGGAAGCAGCUGCCGCUGGCGGCGAGGGACUCGAAGGCGAGGAGGCUGGCAAAAGUAGCCUUCCCAAAUCCACGUCCCUGGUUGAUUCGUUUGUGACCGAAGCCACCGGAUGGCUGGGAAGCGCCAAGGGUUGGCUGGGCAACGCCUCGAUACCAUCGAUGCCAGCCAUGCCGGCGAUGCCAUCGAUGCCGUCGAUGCCAGCCAUGCCAGCGAUGCCGUCGAUACCAUCGAUCCCGGGACUACGAAAGACCGGCGGUGCCGACGGGGCCGAGGGCGCUGAGGGUGCCGUGGAGGGUGGUGGCGGCGCCGCAGCCGGAUCCGGAGCCGUGAGUGGUGCCGAGGAUGACGACAAGUCGAGGUAUAUUAGUGCCACAGAGGGCGCCGACUCGCAUCCAGCAUCGGGCGGCGGAACGCCCACUGGCGAUGAGGGUCAAAUUGGACAGGGUAAGGGCGAUGAAGUCAAAAUUACCACAAAAGUAACACAACAGGCCAAACACUUUGGCUCCUUCUUGUCAUCGGCCAUCAGCAAGGCCGGCAGCAAAAUCAAGGAAACAGUCAAGGAUAAUACUAUUCUCGAUUCAUUCAACAAAGAGCAGGAGGCCUUCAUCAAGGGCCAGGGCGGUGCUGGCAAUGGUGCUGCCCCCUGGAUUGGACAUGCCAACGAGGCCAAGAUCAAGGAGGAGAUAUUGGGUCUGGCCCAGGAUCGUCGCAACUUUGUACGCGCCCCGCCCGCUGGCGUGGACUUUGAGUUCAGCUAUGACACCGCCUAUCCCACGGCCAUAGCCAUUAUGGCCGAGGACAAGGCGCUCGAAACGAUGCGAUUCGAGUUGGUGCCCAAGAUCAUCACUGAGGAGAACUUCUGGCGGAAUUAUUUCUACCGCGUCUCACUGAUCAUCCAGGCCGCCGAGCUGGGAACUCUGGGCGCCGAUGGUGUGGGUCAGGCCUCCAGCGGUGAAGAUGCCAAAGAAGUGGCCCUGAAAACUGAAAACACAACCAAGACUGUCGCCAGCCCCGUGAAGGGAGAGGCUCCUUUGAGCACCAAAGCCAUUGCCGAACAGCCCAAGGCCGUGAUAGAGCCCGAAGCCAAAGAGGCAGACCAAAGCAAGGCCGGCACGGGCAUGAAACAGAAAAUCUCUGAAUCGGAAUUCGUUUCCGACGACUUUCAGACCACAACCGAUUCAGAUUUGGCUGAAAUCCAAGAUGGUAUGCGAAAAUUGGGCAUCGAUAGCAUGACCCAGCAAGCCCUAGCCCCAAACGAUGAAGAACAAUGGGAAAAGGAUCUGGAAGCUGAACUCAAAGACUACGAGGUGGUGGACGAAGGCGGCACUGGCGGAGGUGGAGGCAGAAAACCGAGGAAACAGCAGGGCAAUGCCGGCGAUGAGGAGGACGAGGAAGAACCGACAAUAUCAAACUUGCGCACGCGCUCGACCAACAACGACUGGGAGGAGUACGCCGAUUUAAUUGAGGAUACCGAUGAUUUAAAAACUUUGAAAAGCCUAAAGCGCACGAUGUUGGGCUAUCUAUGAGACGAGGCUCGCCCAGUAGCACUCUUCUAGUGCCCGUCUGAGGCUUGCCUCCUGGUGGCCUAUUGGAAAAGUUGGUUCAGAUUAUUGGCCCCCCCUCACUCCCCAAGCAGAUAUGUACGUUUUAUUCAGUUCACGUUCAGACAUGAUAUAAGACACUAAAAACAAAAGAAAAGCGAUUUUAUUAAACCUUAACGUUUUAGCCGCUACAAAAAGCAAAAAUCCAAAACCGAUUCGAUUCCGGUACACCAAAAUAUAUAUAUAUAUACAAUACCCAUAUAUAUAUAGGUAUAUGUAUGUAUAUCUCUUUACUAUAUUCUCUUUUCUUUGGUUGAGCUCGAGGACGAGCGAAGUACGGGAAAGAGUCGUCGGUAUUACUUGCCAAUUGUUCAGCACACGAAAAAGUCGAGAGAGAGCCGAUGGCAUUCAGUAACCCAGUAACCCUAUCAAUAAGUACAUACAUACUAUAUAGAAAACACUCGAGAAAACUGGUUAAAGCUAUAGACGCAGGAAUCGUAUUUGAAUAUAGAAACAAAAAACAGUAAAAGAAUACGAAAACGAAAGAUAAAGAUAAAAACAAAGCUUCAAAGGGAAACAUUUUGUUAUUUAUAUUUAUAAAUAAAUUAUAUAUAAAUAUAUAUAUAUAUACAGAAGAUAAAUUA